GGGACAAUUUGAGACAGAAUUCUUCAUCUUCUUGGGAUAUUGUGUGUCAUGUAACGUGCAGAUAACAUAUUUGAGAAGCUGCAGAUAAUGUACGAGUUAUCUGAAGAGAAAUUGCAAAGACGCAAGAAGUAUACUGCGCGUCUACAUGUGUAGAAAAAAAUGGAACAACUUGCAAAGAAAAAAAGAUAAGAUAAAUAAGCAAGAAGUAAUUCAAGUUCAGGAAAAAGCAAAUUGUUGUACAAAUGUAUAUAAAUGCCAAUAUAUUAAAAAUGGAAAAUGAAAAAAUUUAUACAAUACAGAAACUAGAAAACCUUAUACCAGUGACUCAAACAAGACAACUAUUAUGUGACAGGAGAUUCGUGUACACCUUCUGGAAACGAUUCUUAGAGUACUUGCUCACAGUUCAUCAAAUGCUACAAUGAGCAUGGAAAUCGACUUGUAAAUUAGAUUAAUACCUUUUCACUUGAUUCCAUCUCAUUUCAACUUGCAUGUACUGAACGAACAUAAAUGUACACGAAACGGACCGGACGAGCGCUUAAUUGGACUUUGCGUGACUUGUUCCAAUUUCCACCGUUUACUCGUCGCCACGACGACGAGCAUCCGAAUCCCGUCUCCUGCUCGAAUCGGUUACUCGGUGACGAACGAUCGGUUGUUCAUUCUUCGGAGCUGGCUAAAAAUUAGCACAUUGUCGAGCGAGAAGGGAAUCUAGACAGGUACGUUCUAUGUCGCCGAGGCGAAAAUGUCGAGCGCGACGUACGACGAGCUCUGGCUAGAGGCGCAGACGUUGCUUACGGAGACGAUUCAGAUGGACACGGCGCUUCAGGGUGCGAAGCCCCAACGGGAUCGUAGAAAGGCGCACGACCACGUCGCAGCAUUGUACGUGAGAUACGUGCUCGCGUGCAACAAACUCGAGCAAUGCUACGAUCAGGUGAUACAGCCGCAGAAACGCCUGUUGAUCAAGAAGUCGUUGAACGCGUGUCUCGGCAGGGUGCUAGAGCUGAAGCACGAGCUGGUGAACAUCGAUCUCGCCGAACACAAUUAUUAUGACGACGUGCUGAUCGAGCGCGGCGUCACGCCGCAGGAGGCCGAGAUCCGCGUGCCCAGAUACUUCAGACGCGAACGAAUCGCGGAGAUCGAGGAGAGACGUAGAUUCGUGGAGGACACGUUGAGAAAUCUCGGUGCACUUCAGGACACUGUCGUGCCAGAGAAGAUCACCGAAUCCCAAGCUAUACGGCUUAUCCAGGCCCACGAGCGAGCGAGACAGGGCAGACUUCGGUAUCAGUUUAUGAAGGAAAUUCGUGAAAUGAAGGAGAGAUCAAUUAUUAAACCGGAUACCGAAGAAGAAGAUGAGGCGAGUGGAAAGCUCGCGGCAUUGAAAAUUCAGAAAGUAUGGAGGGGAUAUAUUACUAGGCGUUGGGUGCGCAAGAGACGACUCGAAGAAAUGUUACUCAUAGGUAUGCUGCAGCCCAGUCAAGUGGUCACGGAAAAUGCCAGGCAAGUAGAAAGAUUGAAGCAGCAGAGGCAUGAGAAACAAUUAGACUUUCAGCGGCUAUACGAAAGUCUGCUACUCGAGGCUAAGGAAAGAAUUCGUAAGGAGAGAAGCGCCGUAAUGGAGGAGAACAUAAGAAUCGAAAUUCGAAAUUGGAUCGACACUUACUUUCAACAGACCGGAAAGAUUCCCGAUUUACCGUCCGCUGAGAGCGGCGGCUCGCGGAUGAUUUUCAGUAGGCAGGGAACUGAAAGUACUGUGAGCAAGUCCACGGCGGUGUCGUCGAAGGACUCGAAGAAAUCGAAACGCUCGAAAUCGAAGAAGGACAGCGAGACAGAGCAGUCGGAGGACGAGACGGAUCUAGGAUUCAAGUCGGUUCCCUCCAACUUCCUGCCGGAAUUACUGCAUGCAAAUCAAGAGUAUCAAGAGAUCUGGAAGGACAAGGACGAGUCCGGGAAUCGGGAGCAGCUGCCUUAUCGCGAUAUGAUAGAAGCGGAUAAGACCAGGGAAGUCGAGGACGAGAUCAGGGUGGGUGUGGAUCAGACGAUGAGAGGCGAUAUAGAGGCUCUUCAAGCAGCGUUGGACAGGGACAAAGGCUUUAAGGGGAAACGUGCGAAGAAACUUCAAAAACGAGUACGUAGGAGCGGUAAGAAAAACAAAAGAAAAAAGGAGAAGGAUUUGACGCCCGACAGAACGACCGAAUCCCUCUUCGAGGAGCUCCUCACUCAGGGAAUUAUUAAGCUCCAUCGGGAAGUCUCGCUCGAUGAAUUCAAGGGUGAAAAAUCGUUCGCGAACUACGACCUUCACGAAAAGACAAAGGAUCCUCUGCCUACUCUUGGUGACGUGAGGCAACUCAUCACUGAAUACUGCAUACUUCCGUUGGGCGAUCAUGUCUUGAGAGAACUCACACCUCUCGUAAGGUCGGUCUUGAUAGCUGGCCCGCAUGGUAGUGGUAAGAAAUUUCUGGUGAACGCGAUUUGUACGGAGCUCGGCGCUACGCUUUUCGACAUUACACCGGCGAAUAUCGCCGGCAAGUAUCCGGGCAAAUCAGGAUUGAUUAUGCUCGUCCAUCUAAUCUCAAAGGUAUCGCGAUUGCUGCAGCCGUCAGUGAUCUUUAUGGACGAUGCGGAGAAGCCGUUCGUAAAGAAAAUACCGAAAACCGAUAAGACUGAUCCGAAACGCUUGAAGAAGGAUCUACCAAAGUUAGUGAAGAGCAUCACGGGCGAAGAUAAAGUUUUGCUUAUUGGAACAUCCAACAAACCUUGGGAUGGCGAUCAGAAACUCUUGUUUCAAACUUACGAUAAAGUUGUGUACAUUCCUAGGCCAGAUUACGGCACUGUGUCCCUCAUUUGGAAGGAUUUGUUAUACAAAUAUUCGGGUAUUAAUCGACAAUUCGAUACACCGGCCAUGGCGAAAGCAUGUGACGGUUUCACAAUUGGCACUGUCUUAGAGGCGAUCAAUGAGGUAAUGACUACAAAGCGUAUGGUGCAAUUACGAACUCAUCCUUUGACGCACGUCGAGCUGGUGAACGCGUUAAGUUUCAGAGAUCCGGUAUAUCGCGAGGAAGAGGAUGCGUUUUUAGCUUGGUUCUUAAAAACACCGACCUGCCGACGGAAACAUAAGACUCUCGAACUAGAACUCGAAAAAUUGAACGAAGCAAACGAAACGCAAAAGAAGAAGAAAGGAACGGGGUAAGGGACAGAUUCGUUGACAGAUGAACGAACCCGUCGUGCUUUGUAUAUCAGGUGUUUACUGGGAAUUGUACAGUCACCAUUCCACAUCGACGUCCAGCGAUGUCCAGUUGCAUGGAUGCAAUCUUAACUACGGUGUUCUGCAUCCAACCAGCUUCUUCAGCAUCCAGCCGUCGUCCCACGUGGAUCAUUCUUCGUUUACUUCAGCAUUCACGAUUGUGAUCAUUUUAAAGACAAGUGAUUAAUGAUGAAAAGCCGGUGCAUCGAGCCACACCACACCACGCCACGCGACACCACGCUAUACCACGCCACACCUCCCCCUAGCCGGCAAAUGUCAUCAUCCCCUCAAUAACGUCGUCGAUGUGAAUUGCGUAAAAAGGAAGAGUGAAAGAGAGAGAAAGAAGCGGACAGUCCGCAACGUAGCAUGUGACGGACGCAUGUCAGCGAGCACCUCUUGGUCACGAGACCUGUCACGGCUAGGAACUAGAACUAUAAAACUUCUAACACUAUAAAACAGACGGCGGGGUCAACACGCGAACACGAUCCUCCCGCUCGUGUCGCAGCAUCCACGUUCCGAGACAUCUCUCGUCGUCGUCUCGUAAACGCGCGCGCGCGCGCUUGACAGCAGUGGCGCGCCUGCGCACGCCGAAUCCGCCUUCCCAUUGGUCCCCGCCACAUGGUCUGAUGUCAGACCACGGGACCUGUCCAAUUCAAUAAUAAGGAGAAUGCCCACGAGCCGGGCUAGACAUCAGCCAGUCCUCCGUUUGUUCGCUCGUGAGGUACGUGAGAACGGUUGCCUUCGCAACGAGGGAGACCCACUCGCGUCGUGAGGCGAACGGAGUCAUUUCAUUCUGCGCGACUACACGACACGUCGAUACACCCCGGCGAGGAAACGCAGCCGACCAUCGCGGUCACAUUCAAAAGGUCGACGGAAACGCGCCACCGAUAGAGAGACGAUUCCCUGCGACGCCGUUUCUCGCUACGCGAAU